AUGCGAGCCGCACAGACUUCCCAGUGCACCGCCUGCUGCCGCUGCACUCUGGUCUCUGCUUUUCUUCCCAGUGCGCCGCCUGCUACCGCUGCGCUCUGCUCUCUGCUUUGUUCCAUCAUCCACCUCCCACCCCUCUCCACCCAUCUCAUUCCCCUCCACCCCCAUCCACCACCCUCCUCCACCCCGCUCAAACCACUCGUUGCCAUCCGCACAGUCUUCCCAGUGCGCCGCCUGCUGCCCCUCCGCUCUGCUCCAGGCGACAACCCAGGCAUCACCGCAAGGGACGAUGCACCCAUUAUUUUCAACCAAGUGGAGUAUUCCCCAGACGGGCUGGCUGUGCUCAAGCACGACCCUCUUCUGGCGUCCCACGAGCCCCACCUGCGCUACCGCUACGCCCAGUUCCUCAAGCUGAAGCGAGCUCUGGAGCAGCAUGAAGGGGGGUUGGAGCAGUUCUCCCGAGGGUAUGAGACGAUGGGCUUCACACGCGAGAAGGAUGCCAUAGUCUACCGCGAGUGGGCUCCUGCUGCCACGAUUGGCACAGGGUGUGCGACAAUUGGCACAGGGUAUGCGACAAUUGGCACAGGGUGUGCGGCAAUUGGCACAGGGUGUGCGACAAUUGGCACAGGGUGUGCGACAAUUGGCACAGGGUGUGCGACAAUUGGCACAGGGUGUGCGACAAUUGGCACAGGGUGUGCGGCAAUUGGCACAGGGUAUGCGGCAAUUGGCACAGGGUAUGCGACAAUUGGCACAGGGUAUGCGACAAUUGGCACAGGGUGUGCGACAAUUGGCACAGGGUAUGCGACAAUUGGCACAGGGUGUGCGACAAUUGGCACAGGGUGUGCGACAAUUGGCACAGGGUGUGCGACAAUUGGCACAGGGUGUGCGACAAUUGGCACAGGGUGUGCGACAAUUGGCACAGGGUGUGCGACAAUUGGCACUGGGUGUGCGACAAUUGGCACAAGGGCGGCCCAGCUAGUGGGAGACUUCAACGGGUGGAACGGCGAGUCAUGCUGGAUGGAGCGCAACCACUUCGGCAUGUGGUCUGUUCGGCUACCAGACAGAGAACCUCCUUAUUUACUCCCUUCCCCCACCCCUCUCCGCCCCCUUGACAAUCACAGGGCGGCCCAGCUAGUGGGAGACUUCAACAGGUGGAACGGCGAGUCAUGCUGGAUGGAGCGCAACCACUUCGGCGUGUGGUCCGUGCAGCUACCAGACAGGGACGGCCGCCCGGCAAUUCCGCACGGAUCACGGGUGAAGAUCCGGCUGCAGAAGGGGGACGGCGGGUGGGUGGAGCGCAUCCCAGCUUGGAUCAAAUGGGCCACUGCUGAGCCGGGGAAGAUGGGCGCGUGCUACGAUGGCAUCUACUGGGACCCUCCUGCUAAUGAGAGUGCCCGUGUCCGCCCAAGCCCCUCACCCGUGCAUCGACGAGGAGGUGCACGUGGGCAUGAGCUCGGAGGUGCACGUGGGCAUGAGCUCGGAGGUGCACGUGGGCAUGAGUUCGGAGGAGAGGAGCCCCGUGUAUCCUCCUACAUGCAGCCUCGAAUUCACCUACUCCGUUCCCCCACGCAUCAAGGCCGCCUCCAGAGUCCCAUUUAUCCCCCUACAUGCAGCUUCAACACCCUCCAGCUCAUGGCCGGCUCGUCUCUCACCAACCCCAUCCAACACGACUAUUUCAGUGACCACACACUCACACCCUCUCCCACCCCCUGUCGCCUUUCCCCAUCCCCUUGUUUCCGUUCCCUGCAUUGCAGGUACCAGUUCAAGUGCCCGCGUCCCCCCAAGCCCGUCGCCCCACGCAUAUACGAGGCCCACGUGGGGAUGAGCUCGGAGGAGCCCCGAGUGGCAUCGUACGUGCAGUUUGCCAACUCAGUGCUGCCUCGCAUCAAGGCUGCCGGCUACAACACCAUCCAGCUCAUGGCUGUCGCCGAGCACUCCUACUACGCAUCCUUUGGUUACCACGUUACCAACUUCUUCGCUGUCAGCUCCCGAUCAGGCACCCCCGAGGACCUCAAGUACCUAGUAGACACGGCGCAUUCCCUCGGGAUUCGCGUGCUCAUGGAUUUGAUUCACUCCCACGCGAGCAACAAUGUGUCUGACGGGCUCAACGGGUUUGAUUUCGGGCAAUCGGCCGCCGAUUCGUAUUUCCACACGGGCGAGCGGGGGUAUCACAAGCUGUGGGACAGCCGGUGCUUUAACUACUCUAACUGGGAGGUGCUGCGGUUCCUCCUCUCCAACCUCCGGUACUGGCUCGAGGAGUUUCAGUUCGACGGGUUCCGCUUCGACGGGGUCACUUCCAUGCUGUACCACCACCGGGGGAUCGGGAUGUCGUUUUCCGGGGAGUAUCACGAGUAUUUCUCCACGUCUACGGAUGUGGAUGCGGUGGUUUAUCUCAUGCUCGCGAAUGAUCUGAUUCACGGUGUGAGGCCCGAUGCGACGACGAUCGCGGAGGAUGUGUCGGGGAUGCCGACGCUGGGCCUGCCUGUGCCGAUCGGAGGGGUGGGGUUUGAUUAUAGGCUGGCGAUGGCGAUUCCUGACCGUUGGAUCGAGUAUUUGAAGGACCGGCGGGACGAGGAGUGGAGCAUGCGGGAGAUUGUGCACACGCUGACGAAUCGGAGAUACACGGAGAAAUGUGUUGCCUAUGCGGAGAGCCACGACCAGGUGAGAGCUCUUUAA